AUGUUCUCAAAGUCAUUUGCCAGAGCUGGCUUAAUUGCCAGUUUGGCUAUCACUGCCGUUAAUGCUAUUGCCACAAUCUCUACAACUGGUUCCAAGUUUUUCACAAGUGAUGGCGACCAAUUCUUCAUCAAAGGCGUCGCAUACCAAUUGACCGAAGCUGAUCCUUUAAUCGAUACCAAGCAAUGCCAACUCGAUGCCUCUUUGAUGAAGACUUUGGGCGCAAAUGCCAUUCGUGUUUACCAUGUGAACCCUUCUGGAGAUCACUCCGGGUGUAUGUCUGCCUUCGCAGAUGCUGGUGUAUACCUUUUCUUGGAUCUGGAUACUUUCACUACCGCAAUCACUCCAACUGACGCGACUUGGAACCAAAGUCAAUACACUGCAUUUGGCAAGGUGAUGGAUGCUUUCGCCAAAUUCGAGAAUACAUUGGGCUUCUUUGUAGGAAACGAAGUUAUUGCUCUAAACAACCAAUCUUUAGCCGCACCAUUCAUCAAAGCCGCUGCUAGGGACAUGAAGGCAUAUAGAACUUCCAAAGGAUAUCGAGAAAUUCCCAUUGGUUACUCUGCGGCAGACAUUGCAGAAUUACGUCCUAUGCUUCAAAACUAUCUUGCUUGUGGUACCAACACUUCCGAAACCAUCGACUUCUUCGGCUUGAACGCAUACGAAUGGUGUGGCGACAGUGACAUCUCGACUUCUGGUUACAAGACCCUUAAUACAUAUGCCGAAGGUUAUAACAUUCCUAUCUUCUUCUCGGAAACCGGAUGCAACACUGUUAAACCAAGAACAUUCCAAGAUCAAGCAGCUAUUCUCGGUUCGCAAAUGAAUGAUCAAUGGUCUGGCGCAAUUAUUUAUGAAUGGAUCGAAGAAGCCAAUGACUAUGGAUUGAUCAAUUAUGGUUCACCAGUAUCGGCUACUGUAGUUGCUUCAGGUGUUGCGGGUGGUUACUCUCGUGCCGGAACCCCAACCCCUGUUUCUCCAGAUUUUGCCAACCUUCAAAGUCAAUGGUCAACCUUGACUCCAACUGGUGUUGCAAGCUCUGCUUAUUCUCCAACCGUUACACCGCCCGCUUGUCCUGCAUCGACAUCUGGAGGCUGGUUAGUUGACGGUGAUGUCAAAUUACCAUCUAUUGGUCAGAAAGAAGCAACUAGUACCGCAACAACAACUUCUGGAUCGACAACCUCAACCGGUAGCGCAACUGGCUCAGCUGCUUCUGCAACCUCAACAAAGGGUAGCGCGUCUGGUGGUAAAGAAAUUACUGGCAUGAGCGUAGGGUUAGCUGCCGUUAUGUUUGGGUUCAUGUACUGGCUGUAA